UUGGACCAGACAAAGCCGAAAUAUUCCCGUCUAAUAUCAGUAGCGUUGUUCAGAAUGGUAACCUAGACCAGGACGUCCGCUGUACAGCUGAUUGCUGGCCAGCCUGUACUGCCGAAUGGUACCGUGGUGCCAUCACCCAAGAGAACAUACUACCCAGCAUCGAUGGAACUCUGAAACUAACCAACCUGAUCAAGUCUGACGCUGGGGUGUACAUCUGUAAGGUUACUAACACCAAAAAUUUCCGUAAAUCACAAGCCCAAGGGAAUUUUACCCUGGACAUUAUUUAUGGUCCAGACGUGGUAGUAAUCAACCCGCCAGUAGUAGAUCCAGUUAUUGAGGGAAAGGGUGAGGUUCCUGUCGUCUGCACUGCUGACUGUUUCCCGCCAUGUCACAUUACGUGGUAUAAAGAUGAUAUCCUCGUCAACUCGAACGAGGGUGUUAUAGAUUUAAUGGCUGUUUCGGAGCGAGGUGGCGGUGUCUAUGUUUGUCUGGCCACCAAUAAACAGACUAAUGCCAUUUCAAGAAAGUCUAUAAAGAUCCCAGUAAUGUGUAAGUUCAAAGUCCUAAAUCCGACUAUUCCAGAAAAGAUAUAUAGAGUCUUGUCUAUAUCUAUCUAA